AUGGCGACGAUGAGGAUGCCGACGAUGACGAUGACGAAGACGAGCGAGGAGGAGGAAGACAAGAAGGGAGCCAAAGGGAAGAAAAAAGGUGGGAAGAAAGGGAAGGACGAAGAAGAGGAUGAGGAGGAAGGAGGCAAGGGUGAUAAAGGAGCCACGGGCAAGAAGGGAGCCAAGGGGAAGGGGAAGGCUAAAGAGGACGACAAGAAGAAGAAGAAGAAGGGAGGAGGUAGCAGCUCAUCCAACUCUGACGAGGAAGACUCCAUGUCGGAGGGUGAGAUGGCCAAGCUGAUGGAGGAGGUGGAGGAGAAGAAGAAGCUCAUCGCCACCAUCAGGAACAAGCCCUGGCGGAUGCGGAGGAGGCUCACCCAUCUCAGGGAGUCUCAGCAGUUUGUUGAUAAGUUUGAAGGCGCUCUAGGCAAAGGGAAAGGCAGGAAGUGGUAUGCUUACAAAGUGAUGAUGAAAAAGAAAUGGAUCAAGUUCCAAAGAGAUUUCGAGAACUUCAGAACAGCGUGUAUACCGUGGGAACGAAAGAUUAAAGAAGUGGAAAGUCAUUUUGGCUCAUCGGUGGCUUCCUACUUCAUCUUUCUGAGGUGGAUGUACGGCAUGAACCUCGUGCUGUUUGGCUUCACCUUUGGCUUGGUCGUAAUCCCAGAGGUUUUGAUGGGCCUUCCGUAUGGGUCUAUCCCCAGGAAGACGGUGCCCAGGGCAGAAGCGGACAGUGCCCAGGACUACUCUGUCCUCAUGGACUUCAACGGCUAUUGCAAGUAUUCCGUGCUUUUCUACGGUUUCUACAACAACCAGAGGACUAUUGGGUUGCUCCAGUUCCGUCUUCCCCUGUCGUACCUCAUGGUCGGCAUCGGCACCUUCGGCUACAGCCUCAUGGUCGUGAUUCGAACGAUGGCUAAGAAUGCAGAUGUAGGAGGGGGCGAUGGGGAGGACGGGGAGUUCACCUUCGCCUGGAAGAUGUUCACCAGCUGGGAUUACCUCAUCGGCAACGCGGAGACGGCUGACAACAAGUACGCCUCCAUCACCACCAGCUUUAAGGAGUCCAUCGUGGACGAGCAGGAGAACCAGAAGGAUGAGAACAUCCACCUGCGGCGGUUUCUGAGGGUCCUGGCCAACUUCAUGAUCAUCUGCAGCCUUGGGGGGAGUGGCUACCUCAUCUACUUCGUGGUGAAGAGGUCUCAGGAGUUUGCCAGCAGGGAUGACCUCAGUUGGUACGAGAAAAACGAGCUGGAGAUCAUCAUGUCUCUGCUGGGCCUGGUGUGUCCUCCUCUGUUUGAGACCAUCGCUGAGCUGGAGGAGUACCACCCCCGUAUCGCCCUCAAGUGGCAGCUGGGGAGAAUCUUCGCCCUGUUCCUGGGGAAUCUGUACACCUUUCUGUUUGCCCUGUUCGAUGAGGUCAACACCAAGUUGGAGCUGGAGGGCUCCAUCAGGAACGCCUCUCUCUGGAACAUGAAGGAGUACUACGCCAACUUCACCCUCAACUCCAACGACACCGAGGCCACGCCCCCGCCCAUGCACCCCUCUGACAUCAUCAGAGGACCCUGCUGGGAGACGGGCGUGGGCAUAGAGUUUGUGAAGCUGACGGUCUCUGACAUCCAGGUCACCUACCUGACCAUCCUGAUCGGGGACUUUGCCCGGGCGGUCAUCGUCCGUUUCCUCAACUACUGCUGGUGCUGGGACCUGGAGGCCGGCUUUCCCUCCUAUGGAGAAUUUGACAUCAGUGGCAACGUGUUGGGCCUGGUCUUCAACCAAGGCAUGAUUUGGAUGGGGGCGUUCUACGCCCCGGGGCUGGUGGGGAUCAACGUGCUGCGGCUGCUCUCCUCCAUGUACUACCAGUGCUGGGCGGUGAUGGCCACCAACGUGCCCCACGAGAGGGUCUUCAAGGCCUCCAAGUCCAACAACUUCUACAUGGGCCUGCUGCUGCUCAUCCUCUUCCUCAGCCUGCUGCCCGUGGUCUACACCAUCAUGACCCUGCCGCCCUCCUUCGACUGCGGGCCCUUCAGUGGGAAGGCCAAGAUGUUUGACGUGAUCAUGGAGACCAUCGACCUGGACCUGCCCGCCUUCCUCGGGACGCUGUUCAGCUACGCGGCCAACCCAGGGCUGAUCAUCCCCGCCGUGCUGCUCAUGGUACUGGCCAUCUACUAUCUGAAUUCGGUGUCGGAGGCCUAUCAAGGGGCCAACAUGGAACUGAAGAAGAAGAUGCAGAUGGCCCGGGACGAGGAGAAGAACCGUAGGAACAACACGGAGAGCACCGACCAGGUGCAGAAGGACCUGGAGGACCUGCUGCCCAACCGCUCGCUGGCGCCGGAGCCCGAGAAGGAGGAGCCGCCCCCCAAGCCCACUAAGGUGAAGCCGGGGGCCGCCGGCAAGAAGGACCUGCAGAAGGACGUGACCCUGGCCUCGCCCAACCCCAACGUACGGGGGCCUGUGAACCGCCCGCCCGGCCCCAGGGGACCCGGACCGAUGCCUGGCCACCCGGGGGGGCCUGGCCCGGGGGGGAGAGGCCAAGGGAGGCCAGGGCCCCCUCCACGAUAAGGAGGAGAAGAGUGUGGAGUAAUCUCCCCCAGCCCCACCCAAAUCUUGUUUCGUUACAAACCCUCAACCCUACUGAGAUGCAUUGAUAACACACACACACACACACACACACACACACACACACACACACACACACACACACACACACACACACACACACACACACACACACACACACACACACACACACACACACACACACGUUGAAUGCAUUUAGACAGUUUAAACGUUUAGCAAACUUUUUUUAGCAUCUAUUCACAUUUAUUUUAAAUUCAUUUGACUAACCGAAUGGCUUGUUAUGAACUUUAUUAUUAAGUGUUACUAAUGUCUUUUUAGAAAUAUAAAGGAAUACUGUUAAAACAUCCCUCCAGGAACAUGGGAAUUUGGGUCCUGUUUUCCUUAAAAAAACCUCAACAAAAACAUAAAGAUGCAGUAGGUAAGAUGAUGUGACAUUGCAGGCCAGAAUACCAACAUUGUUGACAUGACACUAGGUGUUAUUUAUCCUCCAGGGAUACAGGCAACCUUCCUCAAGUGACCAGUGCUGUUUACCUUACAGCAGCAGAUGUGACCUGGAUAAGUUAAUACUAGGGAGUUGUAAGAAAACGUUUCACAUGCCUAAGGUGUUGGGCAGAGGAAGUGUGUGUUGGUUUUGUGUGUUGGAAUUCUGCAAGUAUUAAUUUGAACUUUUUUUUAUAUACACAGUAUAACUGAUUAUCUAUUUUUUUCAGGUAAUCUCAUUGAUAUUUUGUUUUCGGUUUCAAGUUCUUGACCAGUGAAAAGCAUGAAAACCAGCAAAUUACUAGUGAUCAAUUUAAAUUUAUUAGAAAUGGAAUACGAAAGUUUUAAAGUUUCAAGGAUUUUACAAAAUUGUAUUAUGCACUUAUAUACCUUCCUUUUUCAAAUAAAGUUUGACGUAUUUUAACUUCAA